AUGAAGCUCCACUGGCUGCUAUUUGCAGUCGUACUGAUCUGUGCCCUGUACACCACUUCGGGCACCACUACCACCAGCACCAGCACCACAACUGAUUCCAGCACCAGCACCAGCACCACCACCGCCUCCUCGUCCUCGUCCUCGUCCUCGGACACCACCGAGGCCAGCAGCAGCAGCAGCGAUUCGGCCACCAGUUCUAGCUCAUCGUCCAGCUCCAGCAGCUCGUCCUCUAAGAAGAAGAAGGCUGCCGCCAGGAGAAGGGCCAGGAGAAAGGCCUCCAAGAAAAGGGCGGAAAAAAGGAGGCGUAACCGUAACAGGCGUAACCGUAACCGGGGUUAG